UUCUUCCACUCUGCUACACACGUACAACUCAGGUCUUCGUACAAACAAGAACCUUCACGAAGAUGGGUAUGGUGUUGGGAAAGAUUAGCGUAGAAACACCAAAGUACGAAGUCCUCCAAUCCUCCACCGACUACGAGAUCCGAAAGUAUCCACCGACGGUAGCCGCACAAGUCACCUACGACCCCACCGAAUUCAAGGGAAACCGUGAUGGCGGCUUCACCGUUCUGGCAAAUUACAUCGGCGCUCUUGGCGAAGCCCACAACACCAAACCAGAAAAGAUUGCUAUGACAGCCCCUGUCAUCACUCGAUCAUCGGAAUCUGAGAAGAUUGCUAUGACGGCGCCUGUCUUCACCGCGAAGGGCGGAGAUGGUGAUGGGAAGAAGAUGGUUACCAUGCAAUUCUUAUUGCCUUCAAAGUAUAGCAAAGCAGAGGAAGCCCCCAAACCGACCGAUGAGAGAGUGGUGAUAAAGGAGGAAGGGGAGAGGAAAUAUGGAGUAGUGAAGUUUGCGGGAGUGGCUUCGGAUGCGGUGGUGGAGGAGAAAGUGGAGAAGCUGAAGAAGAGCUUAGAGAGAGAUGGGCUUAAAGUUACUGGGGAGUUCUUGCUGGCUAGGUAUAACCCUCCUUGGACUUUGCCUCCUUUCAGGACAAAUGAGAUUAUGGUCCCCAUUGAGUAAGAGAUUGCAGAGUUGUAUUAAUCUACUUAUAAUCAAAUCUAUUUCUUCUAAAAAAUGAAACUU